GACCGUAGCUCGGCGCUGUUGGGUUGGCUAAGCUGUGCGAUCUCAUCGACCGGGUGGCGGGCGCUCACCCCUGUGCCAAGUGCAAUGUGUCACAUCUGCAUGCCUGCCACCAUGUCUCCGCCGAUCUCCGGAUCAGCAUCCCUCACCCAACCAGCCAGAAUGUGAAUGACGAGGUGUGGGGAUGGCGGUGUUUCUGAGCGGGUUGGUGGGCAUUGUGGUGUUCUAUGUGCUGGUGCUGGCCGUGGGCAUCUGGGCGGGCACCAAGCAGAAGAACAACGGCGAGGAGGAGGUCUUGCUGGCCGGACGCAGUCUCGGCUUCAGCGUCGGAGUGCUCACACUUAUCGCCACAUGGGUUGGAGGAGGCUACAUAAAUGGUACAGCUGAAGCAUUCUUCAGGGAUGGAUUACUUUGGUGUCAAGUACCAAUCGGAUAUAGUUUGAGUUUAAUAUUUGGAUCUUUCCUAUUUGUGAAGCCAAUGAGGGAAGCGAAUUAUGUGACUAUGCUGGACCCUUUCCAGCAGAAGUAUGGACAACGUGUCGGAGGCCUCCUAUUCUUCCCAGCCCUCUUCGGUGAUGUCUUCUGGAUUGCUUCCAUUCUAGCCUCUCUAGGGUCUUCACUCAGGGUCAUACUUGAUAUCAACUCAACAGUAUCAAUCAUCAUAAGCACAAUAUUCGCUGCAGCAUAUACAGUGGUUGGUGGCCUCUACAGUGUCACCUAUACUGAUGUUCUGCAAAUAUUUUGCAUCAUAAUUGGACUGAUUUUAUGUACACCAUUUGCCUAUUACCAAGAACCGUUCACAAAGGGCUCUUCUGAAGUGGAGCAUUGGCUGGGACACGUUCAACACAAGGAUUUUGGUAUUUGGAUUGAUGGUCUUUUGCUUCUUAUUUUUGGAGGAAUUCCAUGGCAGGGAUAUUUUCAAAGAGUUCUUUCGAUUAAAAGUACAUACAUUGCUCAAACAAUGGGAAUCGCAGCAAUGUUCGGCUGCAUCGCAAUGGCUGUGCCGGCUGCAGCCGUCGGCCUUAUCGCCAAAAGUGUAGAUUGGACCAAUGUGCCUGAUUUUAAUAGAAAUAUCACAGUCGAUGAUGCUAGUAUAAUAAUGCCUCUUGUGUUCAAAUACAUGACCCCUACGUGGGUGUCAUUCUUCGGGCUCGGAGCAGUGUCAGCUGCAGUGAUGUCUUCUGCUGACUCUAGCAUUCUUGCAUCAAGUGCCAUGUUCUCAAGAAAUAUUUACAAGCUCACCUUCAGACCAAAGGCAUCAGAGGAAGAGGUGCUGUGUGUUCUUAGGAUUGCAAUAGUUGUGAUAGCCUUGAUGGCAGCUGUCAUUGCACUCAAUGUUGACAGUAUUUACUAUCUUUCGUAUCUUUGCUCAGAUUUAGUUUAUGUGGUGCUCUUUCCUCAACUGCUGUUGGUCGUCCACUGGCCGGGUGGUGUCACCACCUAUGGCUGUCUUGCCGCUUACAUCGUUGGUCUUGCCCUCAGGAUUCUGGGUGGAGAGCAAGGAGUUGGCAUACCAGCAAUAAUACACUAUCCCUGGUUUGAUGAGGAGAAACAAAUCCAGAGGUUCCCAUUCCGAACCCUGGCCAUGCUGAGUGCAAUGCUCGCUCAUGUGGUUGUCAGCUGCUUGGCCAGGUGGCUUUUCCAGGCGGGAAUCCUCUACGCCGACCGGUGGGACGUUCUCUACGAUUUUCCCGAAUGCCACUUCCAGCGAAUCGACCACAGUCGCGAGCCGCGUGCCAAAGAAGGCGCGACCAAGUGUAGGUCGAACAAAGCGGUGCGCGACGCGAUGGUUGGCAAGCGGAUGAGUCAGAGCAGUGCUGAUGGUGACGGCUCGCUAAUCAAUCACGAUGACCAACAGUCGGCAGUUUCCGUCAAACGUGACAGGAGCAGCAUCACUUACCAAACUUCCACUACAUCUGACGAGCCCUCUAUUUGCAUUUCUUAAAUUCGAGGCUGAUGAAACGCACAAUUUUCAAUUGCAUUUGGAUACAAAUUAGAUUUAGGAAUACUGCUUCAUUAACACUAAUGAGAAUAAUUGGGACUCAUUGUAUU